AUGACGGGUAAGAAGACAAAGGCAACGGGAGAUAACCUGGUCAAUGCAGGAGCGGCCGAAGCAGCCGGUGAAGGGGGAUCGGGCCAGAUGCUGCCAGCCAACCAAAACGACAUAGAAGCUGCCAGGGAUACUUUGAGCGGGAACAUAGACCAGCCGACUCUUCACCAGCUGCUGCUGGGCGUCCUGUCAGCAGCGCAGGCCAACGCCCCAAAAGCGCCAGCCAGGGAUCCCCGGACAGCACCGCCUCGGGACCGCUCUCCUGACGUAGUCAUCACAAAAGACGUGACCAUCCUGCCAUCCGCAAGAGAGCAUCUCGCAGCAAUAAGGACUGAAGUUCAAGCGAACGACGCCCCGAAGCUGACAGCCCCACUCGAGCAGCGGGAGCAGCUCGACGAAGGAAUGCUAAUGCUGCUAGAGACCGCCAUCACCACGCUGGAUGCGAACGAACCCCAGCUGGCCGUCGCGGGAGAAUGCCUCAAGAUCGCUCACCGCCGCCUUAAGUGCUACUCUGUUGCUCUGGCCAAGGCGGGCCCAGGAGCCAACGAGAAUUUGGCCGCCACAGUACUGGGCGCACUGCUCGUCGCCACGGGUUUUAGAGCCCCUCGCCCCGUGCAGCCCCCCCCUGUCCAACGAGACAACACACAAGUGGAGACCAAGAACACCGCCAAGCGUCCUGCACCCGGCCCUGCAGAGCCCACCCGGCCCCGGACCAAGGUCGCCCGCCAAGCCCAGGAACCACAUCCAGACCCAGGAGCCCCUUCAAGGAAUGAACAAGCGGUCCCAGAAGGAAUAAGGGCACGCGCGCAGACACUGCUUGGCCAGGUGCCCUUGGAUGCUAACCCAAUGAUCGGGGAUCUAGCUCUGGUGUUGGCAAGCCAGGCGCACAAGGCGCGAGCUAGCAGCACAGUCGCCCAGUACAAGGAGCCAUGGCAGGAGUUCCUAGAUUGGGCAGAGCUACUAUGUUGUAUCCUGUAA